CCAGUGGGCAGCAGAGGGUCAGACACACAGAGGAUCACAGCCGAGUGAAUGGACGAGGGACACAGACAGAGAAGGGCCUCUGUUACCUAACUAAACCCAGAAAAAAACUACAGCCAGUCCUGCUGAAGGAUUAGCUCCCUGUCCGUGCUAACAUGGGCCUGCCCUCGGUAAUGGUGUUGCCUCUGCUGAUAGUCGUGGCUGCUGGGAUCUACUACAUCUACAAUGAGGUCUUGCAGUUCAUGUCCAAGUCCUUAGUGCGGAACAAAGUGGUGGUGAUCAGUGAUGCUGUGUCCGGGGUGGGGACUGAGUGUGCCCAGCUUUUCCAUAAGGGCGGUGCCAGACUGAUCCUAUGUGGGACCAGCUGGGACAAGCUGGAGUCCCUGUAUGACUCUCUGACUACUGAUGCCGACCCCAGAGAGACGUUUGCCCCAAAGCUGGUGAUCCUGGACUUCAGUGACAUGGACAGCAUGGAGGAUGUGGUAGCUGAGGUGAUGGAGUGCUAUGGCUACGUGGACGUGUUGAUCUGCAACAGCAGCAUGAAGCUGAAAGCCCCAGUUCAGAGCGUCACCCUGGAGCUGGAUAGAAACAUCAUGGACAUUAACUACUUUGGCCCAAGUACUUUGGCCAAAGGUACCCUUCCAACAAUGAUCUCAAGAAGAUCGGGCCACAUUGUACUGGUCAACAGCAUCCAGGGCAGACUGGCUGUCCCAUUCAGAAGUUCCUAUGCGGCGUCUAAGCAUGCGGCUCAGGCCUUCUUCGACUGCCUGAGGGCCGAGGUGGAGGAGUACGGGAUAGUCGUCAGCACCAUCAGUCACACCUUCAUCAACGCCUCUGACCCGCCUCAAGUCGAGGAGCCUGUUCCUAAACCAAAUGCCUUGGCUGCAUUUAUCGCCAGCCAGCUGACCCACGGCGUGCGGCCGUCAGUCCUGGCCAAUGAGAUAAUGCAAACGGUGAACAGAAAGAGGAAGGAGGUUGUGCUGGCCCACCCCAUCCCCAGGGUGGCCCUCUACCUCCGCUCACUCCUCCCCCCCUUCCUCUUCGCUGUGCUGGCUGCUGGAGUGAAGGACUCCGUGUUGGCUGAGCAGAUGCAGUAGAAGAAAAGGCAGAAAGAGAAGACAGAGGCAGAGUGACGGAUGUGAAACAAAGCUUAGAUUGUUCAGAAGUGCCAGAUAUGUAAGUGUAUUCCUGAAGGCUCCCAUCUGUUUUGUAAUAGUUGGUCAAUAACCACUAAACCACAGCGUAAGCAGAAAUGAUGAGACUUUAAACUUGUGUUUCGGCUCAUUUCUGGCAGUGGAAACAAAAUGUAAAUACAAAAUCACCUUAUAAACACAUUUCAUUUGAA